AUGAUAAAAAUGGGCGGACUGUUUAGUAAAUCCAAAAAACCUGUAAGUCGAGUGACAGAACAAGAUAAAGCAAUUCUGCAGUUAAAACAACAAAGAGAUAAAUUAAAACAAUAUCAGAAGAAAAUUGAGCUUAAUUUAGAAAAAGAUAGGCAACUAGCGAAAAAACUUUUAGCAGAGGAUAAACGAGACAGAGCGAAAUUACUUUUGAAGAAAAAAAGAUAUCAAGAAAAUCUCUUACAGAAUGCUGAUUUGCAAUUAGAAAAAUUAGAGCAACUCACACAUGAUUUAGAAUUUGUCCAAAUUGAAGUACAGGUUCUAGAUGGGUUGAAAACUGGUAAUACUGCUCUGAAAAAUAUCCAUGACAUUCUUAACAUUGAUGAGAUUGAAAAGAUAUUAGAUGAAACAAAGGAGGGUAUUGAGAAACAAAAAGAAAUAGACGACUUAAUAUCUGGUCAAUUGACCGUAGAAGAUGAUGAAGCAAUUGAAGCAGAGCUUGAAGCUAUAUUAGAUGUAAAGGAUCAAUUACCUGAUGUGCCUAAUGAUAAACUGCCAGAUUUGGUUGAAGAAAAGGAACCAGAGAGACCUCAAAGAACUAAAAUUAGUUCAAAGAAGAUUGCAGUUGAAGCU